GUCCAGUGGAUAAGCAGAUAGGGAUCCUAAAUUCCUGACACUACACACACUCCAACCGUCGAGAAAUGGCUUCGAUCUCCCUCUUCCCCGCCCUUCACUCCAUUUCUCGCCCUGCAAUUGCAAAUCCAUCCCCAAUUUCCAGACCUUUAUUCGCCCUUCCCUCCUCCUCUAGCUUCACCGUUUCCGCCGCCUCCUUCAGGCAUUCGGCGGUUAAGGGCCGGAGCCGGCCACGCGGCCUGAAACAAGCGAGGGUAGUCGAAGAGGAUGCCUCUAUUCCAGAGCAAGGAGUUGAAGGCGAAGAGCCGUCGCCUUCUCCGUCUGAGCAGCCGGCAGUCACCGUGCCUGUCUCGUCGUCUGAUAUUCUCACCAUGUUCUUUCAGGCAGAGGGGACGCUAAAUGAAUCAGCUGUGCCUUCUGUAACCGAGGCUUUGGAGCAAACGGAUGGUAUCACUGGGUUGAAAGUUCAGCUCGUUGAGGGCAUUGCAUCUGUUGAGCUUACAAAACAAACAACAAUACAAUCUACAGGAGUGGCCUCGAGCUUGAUCGAGACCAUUCAAGGUGCAGGUUUCAAGUUACAAACGUUGAAUUUGAGCUUCGAAGAUAAGGAAGAAGUUUUUAUUUAGAUACUCUUGAUUAUGAAGUCUUAGAAUUGAAAAGAGGGAAAGAGCGAUCACUUUUGAAAGUUAAUGACCAUUUAGAUAUAAAAUUAAAAGUUGAGAGACAUAUUAGACAUUUUUCACCAUUCGAUUAGUUAAAAUUCACAUUAUUUAAACGCCCUUUAUAACGUUCAGCAACAUAUGGAUGAGGAAUUUGAAUAGUUGGUGAUUGAACUAUGUUCAAGUUGAUGAUCGACAUAAGGUAUCACAUAUCCUAGCUUUUUCUUA